UAUAAAUAACGAUGGACGAACGAAACGAAGCAAGCCAAGCUUUUGUUGAACCAGAUUAGCUAAUAACAAGUGAUAUCCUUCCUUCAUAACCAUGAACGGCCUUAUCAAAAACCCGGGGCAGCCGAACACCCAUUUCGUAGUGGUUCCUUUGAUGGCGCAAGGGCACAUGAUCCCUAUGGCUGACCUCGCCCUUCUUCUAGCCCGCCGCGGCGCACGUGUGAGUCUUAUCACCACACCCUUAAACGCACGACGUCUUCGCGGUGCCGCCGAUCACGCCACCGCGUCCGGACUUUCACUCGUACUCGUCGAAAUUCCCUUUCCCUGCAAAGCCGCCGGUCUCCCUGAAGGUUGCGAGAACAUCGACCUUAUCCCAAGUGCGAACCUUUUCCCCCCCUUCUUCAAAUCCCUCCACCUCAUGGCUGAACCGCUGAAGAGCUACCUCCGCACCCAACCACCGUCGCCUACUUGCAUCAUCUCUGACCAGUGCAUGCCGUGGACGAUGGAUGUCUCCAACGAUCUCAGCAUACCCCGCCUAGUCUUUCAUGGCCCUUCCUGCUUCUUCCUCCUUUGUACUCUCAAGCUCGCCGAACACCAGCUCUAUGAAAAAGUAACAGAUGUUGAGGAAAUCUUUACGGUGCCGGAGCUGCCACAAAGAAUUGAAGUGAGCAAGCUGACGGCACAGAGGUUCUUCGACUGGCCUGAGAUGAAGGAUGUUAUGAGACACGUGCAAGAAGCGGAGGACGCGGCAGACGGGCUUGUUCUCAACACCUUUUACGAGCUUGAGCCGUGGUACAUCGACGAGUAUCGCCGAUCGGUUGGCAAAGAUGUUUGGGUUGUCGGGCCGGUAUCGCUUUUCCAUAAGGACGCGAGCGGGAAGGCCGUGAGGGGCGACGGCAGCGCUGGGGUAGACCACGGCAGAGUUUUGCAGUGGCUGGAAGGAAGGGAAAACGGGUCGGUCCUUUUUAUCAGCUUCGGCAGCAUCGCGCGCACCCGGAUGAAGCAGCUGGUGGAGAUUGGGUUCGGGCUGGAGGCGUCGGGCCGGGACUUUAUAUGGGCCAUGAAGGAGGCGGAGGAGAACGAGGAGGUGAAGAAGUGGGUUGCGGAGUUUGAGGAGAGGAAUAGGAAGAAAGGGAUUAUUAUAAAGGGAUGGGUGCCGCAGGUGCUGAUAGUAACACACCCGGCAGUGGGAGGGUUUAUGACGCACUGUGGUUGGAAUUCGACACUUGAGGCGGUGGCAGCUGGUGUGCCGAUGAUUACGUGGCCGCACUUCUCCGAUCAGUUUUUGAACGAGAAAUUGGUGGUAGAGGUGCUGAGGACGGGGGUUGGGGUUGGGGUGAAGUUGCCGGCUUUUUAUCAGACGCAGGUAGACGAGGAGGCGUUUCUGGGAAGGGAGAAGGUGGAGAUGUCAGUGCGGACUGUUAUGUGCGGAGGGAAGGAAGGGGAGGAGAUCAGAAAGAGAGCAGGGGAACUUGGGGAGACGGCCAGAAAGGCAAUGGAGGAAGGUGGGUCUUCAUAUGAGAAUUUGAGUAAAUUGAUCAAUCAAGCGAUGGAACUUGCAGGGAAUCGCGUGCAAUCGAUGUAAUUAUUAUCUCAGCUCGAAGUUGUAUAAUUCUUCAGUUAUCAAAUUCUAUUUAUCAUUUAAGGAUGAAGAUGUUUAAAUCUUCAAGAGAUUGCCGCGUACAAUCUUUAUAUUGAAUGGGUCUGGAAUGAAGAUUCAGUUUAUGAAGUUUAAUUUUUUUAGAUCUUUGUAAGCCCUUUUAUUUUUAAUCAUCGUAUUGUCUCAAAACUUUUACAGUUAUGAUGCUGUAGUUGGACAUAAUUGAUGCGCUUUUCAUGUUCUGCUGCAUCUUUUACUAUUUGUGUAGAUAGCACGUUCUUUUUGUUUUAAGCACAUUUAAUAAUAAA